CACAUGAUGAAGGCUCCUGCUGGUGACAAUGACAGAGAUGUUCAAGGUUUCCACAACCCAUGCUUGAAUUCUUGAAGGGUUUUAGCAUUUUUUUUUUUUUUUUUUUUCAAUUUCUUUUUUUAGUAACUCCAAACACAAGUCAGACCCAGACAGACAGCUUCAACUGAGCUGCGGCAGCUGGUUUCUGAUCAGCGUCCCAGUCAGUUAAAGAAUGGACGUCACAAAAUUCAGACCGACUUUUACUUCCUAGUGCCCCGAGACAAAAUUUAACCUCAAGUGAGUGGAAGAUGUCUACAAGCAGAGGCUGUGAAAACACGAGCUCAGGUCAUACCCUGACCCUGCCCUGCUACAUCCUGAUCGGGGUUCUCUGCUCCACCAUCCUGUUGUUCACUCUGCUGGGGCUCGUGUGUCUCAGAAAAUAUCGCUCUUUGGUCCACACCAUUCGGGAGCUGCGGAAGACCAAGUUGUUGCUAGGUCCUGUCCCUGGGCUAGAACCUCCCAUCACACCCGUGAGGCCGCCGGGCCCAGCGCUACAGGAGGAGGAGCUUUCUCCCCAGACUCCCCCGCAGCAGCAGUGCAGCGCAGUCAGGCCCUCAUCCAGGAGGAUCUGGAGAAGCCUGCAGCAGGGUCCCCGUUUCACUAAGUCAGACCUGAACCUGCUGCAGCUGAUCAAAGCAGGGAAGGAGGGUGUCUUCUACCAGGCCAGGAUGACCAAAGGGACCUGUAAAGGCCACAACAUGUUCACGUGCAAGAUCACCAAGGAAGGCGUCCGUCCCAAGUAUGUGGACACAGAGGUCUCCAUCAUGAGGAAACUGGUGCACCACAAGAACAUCCUCCAGUUACUGGACUGGAACACAGCUGAGGAACCUUACAUCCUGAUCAUGGAGUACGUGAGCUACGGCACUCUAAGGACCUUCCUGCAGACCAACAGAGGCCACCUCAGUGCUGAUCCUGAACUACAGAGUCUCCUCACCAUCGCCUCUUACCACAUUGCUCUGGCCAUGCAGCACCUGCGCUCCAAAAUGAUUGUACACUGCGACCUGGCUCUGAGGAACAUCAUGGUCAAUAAGUUUCCCUGGGAAGUGAAAGUGGCAGAGUUCGGCCUGGCCCGAGACUUAACGCGCCUCACGAGUCGCCGCAGCACCCGCUGGAGGAACCCGCGGCAGCGAGUGCCGCUGCGCUGGUACCCACCUGAGUACUUCAAGAACAACUACUACAGCUUCAAGGGAGACGUGUGGGCGUUCGGCAUCGUGCUGUGGGAGAUGCAGACGUUUGGGACCUUACCUUACCCGAACCUGGAGACAACAGAGGCAGUGAUGUACCACAUCUGUGUGGGUCAUAAAAACGCAAACCCUGAAGGCUGCAGACCAGAGAUACUUCAGAUCAUGCAAGACUGUUGGCUGGAGCCAUACACUCUGAGACCCUCGUUCACAGACAUUGUCCGGAUGCUGGAGAACAUCAUGGAAACCGAUGCAGAUUAUGUGGAUGUUGAAAGUCCACAGCAUCUGGUGAAAGAUAAGGCCGAAUAUCACGAAGCUCGAUGUCUACGAGCAGCCAGCGUCACCUUGGAUGAUUAAGACCUCAUCUGAAUGAACUUCACUGAGUUCAC